AUGGCCAAUAUUAUGGCAAACCUAAAGACUUUCCAGCCAGAAUAUGGGAUUGGGACGAAUGAGCCACUGUUUCAUCUGAGGUCUUGUGCCAAAGGAUUGAUGGUGAAUGCUUGUGCUCAUGCGCUUUUCUUCUGCAAAUUAUUCAAUGCCACCAAACAGAAAGAAGAGAAUUGUGGGGAUGUACCCGCUGGUUCCCAGGCUUCUAACGAUAAUCAAAGACUGAAGAUUGGGAUUAUUGGUGGAGGCCAUCUUGGGAAACAACUAGCCAGAACAUUGUUACAUUUGGGUGCCAUUUCAGGAAAUAACAUCCAGAUCUCCACAAGACGGCCAGAAACUCUAUUAGAAUUCCACAAGCUGGGAGUUGAGUGUGUCUAUAACAACAAGCAGCUGGUAGGCUGGGCAGAUGUUGCUUUUCUCUGCUGUCUUCCAUGUCAUCUUCCACACAUAUGUUCUGAAAUUCAAGAUUCUCUCAAAAACUCUUGUAUUAUAUACAGCCUGGUCACAGCAAUCCCUUUGGCCAGACUGAAGCAACUGAUUUCCUCCUGUUCAAUCUUGAGGCCGCAGUACAAGUGCUCUGAGAACAGCUCUUUUUGCAUGUGGGAGGCUAACAGGACAGUUCUGGAAGCCCUCAAAGAUACAACAGUUAUCCAGGCAACAUGUCCUUGCAACUCCAAGAGCGAAAUAGCUGUCAACAUGAAGUGGCUGGCAGCUGUAUUUUAUGCAGCUUUAAAUAGCUAUACCCAACAACAUUUUUCCUAUACAAGGGCUCUGGGAUUGCUCAAUCAAGUAUGUUUUUGUGAAGGCAAUGCCACCGCCUCAUCUCCAUUUCUAGUUUGUGAACAUUUUAUCAACCAAGCCUUUGCUUCCUCCUUGGCGGCUGCUGAUUCCUUUCCCUGGUUUGAUUUAACAACUGUACAGCUAAAAGACUCGCCUCUUAGCCAGCUUCUUGAAACAAAUACAUCUCUUCAGGAAAUCAUUGCUUCAUGUUACUUUAACAUGAUAACAGCAUUGGCCACAAAAAGUGAAAAUUUGACUACAUCUAUGACUAAAAAGAUACCUCUCUCAGCAGUGCUGCUGAAACCUACUAAAUCACUGAUUUUUCAAAUUGAUGAAAUCUCCGCAAAGAAAUUGGAAGAGUCAUCUAGUACUGAUUCUGAAGAUUUAUAA